AGGCAGUUUGGCUCAGCUCUGGGGAUUUAAAGUGAGCGAGAAGCCGAGCAUGAUCUGCGGAGAGGAGUCUGCCUUCAUGGGCUACGGGCCCACCUAUGCCUACCAGCCUAUCGUGGUAAGCAGGCUUGAGCCUGUGUUCCCCUCGAUGCCCGGGCCCAGUGUGCUCUCCACCCAGCCUGCGAAGCUGCCGCCUUGCUACGUGGCGCACAACCCAAUGCCAUACCAGGCGCAGGUGCAGGCCUAUCCGUACGUCAUUCCGCCACCGCCGCCGCCGUACCCGCAGCCGCUGCAGCAGCAGAUGCAGAUGCAGGCGUGCAAUCAAUGCUCAGAGCCCAAGCAUCAGUUGCUUUUGGAUCAAUUCCUGAAGCCGCCGCGCGAGGCAUCGCAUGAAGAGAGGGAAGGAUAUGACAAGCCGGAGCACGGUCAGAAGUGCUCCACCAAGAAGGUGUUGAUGCCUGGCUUGGUCUCGACCGACAGUGACGAUCUGAGCCCGCAAGGGCUGAGGGAUGCAGAAAACGUGGCCAACCUCUUCAUCGAAGACAAAACUACUGUGAUGCUGAGGAACAUCCCGAACCGCUACACCUGUGAGGAGCUGCUGAGCGAGGUGAUGAUUGCCGGCUUCGAUCGGAAGUUCGACUUCUUUUACCUGCCCAUGGACUUCAAGACCAAGCGGAACCGCGGCUACGGCUUUAUCAACUUCAACUCCGCAAGCGUUGCGCAACAGUUUGUGCUGGCCUUCCACCGGCGGCAGCUGAAGCUGUACUCCUCGAAGAAGAUUUUGGAAGUGGCCCCCGCCGUGACACAAGGCUACCACGCGAACAUGAGCAAGUACUUUGAGAAGGACUCAGAGAGGAUCAAGAACGAUUGGUUCCGACCGAUGCUCUUCAACACUGAAGCCUUCGAAUGAAUCCAUCGGAUUGGCACAACAUGGGGUUGAGAGUUGCCCAGGCCUGGCGUCAGAUUGGAUCCUUUUGGCACCCUC